AUGGUGCAGGGCGAAAAUGGUGACCCGUCGUCCAAGAAGCUUCAUCCGUUCUUCACCAAGAGCGAUCCCGACCAACUCGCGGCCCAGCCUGCGGCGUCUCCGCUAGAAUCGACUGAAUAUACACCCGAAGAGUCCCUUCCGACCUCUGCUGAAGGCCCCAAGCGAAAGCGGCAGAGGACAGAUGCUUCCACAGCUCAAGAUGACCCCGAAGCCAAGAAGUCUCGACGAGGAAGGAAGCCCGCAAAACAAACACUCAACGGGGCCAUCUUGAGCCAUCUCAACAGGCCAGACAAGGAUGGAGCACAUGGGGACGAUAUUCCCGUCACACAGCUGGCCCAGAGCCUUGCUUUAUCGACAGUCAACGAAAUGCAGGUACCGAAACAGCAGCCGGAGACGACUGGCCAGACUGCGAACAACUUCACAUGCUCGAAUUCCUCUCUUGACCCUCUGCAACAACAAACACCCGUCCCUGCGCAACAGAAAAGGGUGCUCAAGUUCAAUCCAAAAACCGGAACUUUGGGUUCACCGCCGAAGCCCAAAGCCAUAAACAAGCCGAGUCGAGUAGUUACAAUCAAAUAUGGACGGGAUGAUGAGCAUCGAAAGGCCCUAGGCGAAAGGAUUGUUGCAGUUCUCGAAGGAAGGCUACAUUUAUCACCUGUGCCGAGCAAAAAACAAGGCACAAAGCCAAAGUCGCAACAGAAAGACGGAGCAGCCGACAAGUCAAAAAACACACAUCCGUUCUUUACAGGCAAAACGAAGCCGCAGCCUGGUACUAUUACUGCUCCAAACGAUUCAGCCAAUAAAUCCUCAAGUCAUGGCCGCGUCUUCAUGUCUACUCCAGUCUCGCCAAAGAAACUCAAGAUGCCAUUUUCUACACCCAAGGCUAUUCAGUUUGGGAUAAAAUCAGGAGGCACAAAAAUUCCUGGUGCCAUGUACCCAUUGUGGCCGGCGCACGGGAUGACACAUGUGCGUGAUUGCGAGUUCCCAUACGCAAGGGCAACUAUUCGAGAAUCUGGUACAAGGCACAGGAGGUCAAAAAGGACGGCCGUCUCUAUUGGACCGCGCGAGUCUGUGAUGCGACACCUUCUACAUGGCUUGGACAUGGCAGGAAUACAGAAAAGUCUCCCUAAAGACGACAACAGCUUUUUACCAGCGCCCGCCGAACUACGACUGCCCCAGAGGCAUUUUGAGAGUGGUCGAAAACUCCAGAGACGAAUUCGGUCUCAGCUCCAAAGCAAUUUGGCCAACCAUCACCUUGAUGAAGCUGAUCUUGAUGUCGAUGAGCUUGCCGGUCGAAAGUCUCCUAAAAUCCAUCCUGCCAUUAGCCGUCUCUACAACUCACUCUACACGCAACUCUCGGCUUUCGAUAAAUCACAGUGCGAAAGUAGCAGCUGGAUCCAAAAGUACGCACCCAUAACGGUCGCGCAGGUAUUACAGCCAGGAAGAGAAGCGCUCCUUCUUAGCGACUGGCUUCAGGCUCUCAGAGUAGAGUCUGUGGAAUCUGGGACUUCUGAGGGAGACAAGGGGAAAAGUAAGCCGAAGAAGAAGAGGAAGAAGAACAAACUCGACGGCUUCGUCAUCGAAAGCGAAUCGGAGGAGGCUGAGAUGGACGAGAUUUCCGAUAACGAAGGAGACUGGGCCGUCUUAUCCGGCUCGACACUGGUUAAGAAGUCUGUGAUGCGCUCAAUCAAUUCGACAAGCAGAGGCAGUAACCGUCUCAAAAAUGCCAUCAUUCUGAGUGGUCCCCACGGUAGCGGCAAGACGGCUGCGGUCUAUGCGGCUGCAAAGGAGCUAGACUUUGAGAUUUUUGAAAUCAAUUCGGGGAAUCGAAGGAGUGGAAAGGACAUUUUGGAAAAAGUUGGCGAUAUGACACGGAAUCACUUGGUGCAACACAACCGAGCUGAAGCCACCGCGAUUGAUCUAGAAGAGGUGGCCAACGAUAUCAGCUCAGGGAAGCAAGGCAUGAUGACGUCGUUUUUCAAACCAAAGGCGAAUACGCAGCCUGCGAAGCCCGGCACAAAGCAGCCCAAGCAGGAGGCUGAAAAAGAGACGAAAGCUCCGUCUAAAAGCCAGAAGCAGUCUCUUAUUCUCCUCGAAGAGGUUGACAUUCUGUUUGAAGAAGACAAGCAGUUUUGGACCACCCUGACAAGUCUCAUUGCACAGUCCAAACGACCGUUUAUCAUGACAUGCAACAACGAAAGCUUAGUUCCUAUAGACACUUUGGAUCUACAUGGAAUCUUCCGCUUCUCACCAGCUCCUCUAGGUCCAGCUGUGGACCUGUGCCUCCUCAUCGCUGCCAACGAAGGUCAUGCUCUCCAGAGAUCGGCUGUGGAAGCAUUGUAUAGUUCUCGCAAUAACGAUCUGAGGGCAACAAUAACGGAGCUAAACUAUUGGUGUCAAAUCGGAGUUGGCGACCGUAAGGGAGGGUUUGACUGGUUCUAUCUACGCUGGCCCAAAGGCUCCGAUCUUGACGAGAAUGGCGACGUGGUUCGAGUCAUCAGCCAAGACACCUACCAAAAGGGCAUGGGCUGGGUCAACCGCGACCCCAUUGUCGCUAGUAGUGGACUUGCUGCUGAGGAAGAGGCCAUAGACCAAGCCUGGGACUUUUGGGGCUUCGACAUGGGAGACUGGUGCAACAGUACCAACAUGAAUUCUUGGAGCACAGCUACUACGACGCCGGAGAGAAAUCUGACAGCGCUAGAAAUGCUAGAAGCGUAUGACGAUUUCUGCAGCGCUAUGAGCUGUGCGGAUCUCUGUUCUGCAGGCGCCUACGGCAUCAAAUUACAGGAGACGCUGGAUCCAACGCUGCCCGACCUUCCAAGCCACGUCAAGGACGAUUAUACUAUAGGACAUGCUCUACUGGAAGCCCACCCGGUGGUGCAUUAUGCUGCGCCAAACAAGGCCAUGUCAACAUCCAUCAUGUCCCUGGCUCGCGCAGCUUUGCGUGAAUCGACCACAGAGAAGUCGGAUAAGGCCUCACUACAGGCCCCAGUCCUAAAACCAGUUGACGAGGAACAGGCAAUCUGCAUCAUCGAUUCGUCUUUCCGAUACUCCCCUCCACAAAUAACCAGGAUGGACAUUGCCAUUGCAUUCGAUCCCAUCGCUAUCGCUCCCAAGGUCGUCCCGACAACAUACCUCGAUCCCUCCGUCUUCGAUCGGACAAUGCAACUAAUCGUCCUCGACGUCGCCCCCUGGAUCCGCGGCAUCGUGGCAUACGAACAUCAACUCAUGCAGAGACGUUUAAAGCUGAGCAACCUCCUCAGCGAGGGCGGCAAGCGCAAGCGAAUGCGCACGACGAGGAGCGCAUACUCGGCACUGGAAGGCGGGGAGCGGCGGACGACUCGCAGAGAGAGGCACUUUGGCGAUUGUCUGUCCACACUGCACGUUAUGCGCACUGGUGGUGAGAGGUGGAUGGAUCUGGUAGUGGAAGAGGUCGCAAGGUCUGAGGCGGGAGACAGCACUGCGGCGAGUAGUCCUGCAUCUGAUGAUUUGGGGCUACAACAAUGA